UCCUGGGCCAGCGACUCUUCUUUUCCCGAAUGGCAGAUUCGCCACCGAUGUUGCCUUCAGCAACGGUGGGAUCUGGUUUCUUUUGCGUGCAAAAAAGCCCCUGCCUUCAGAUAGCAACCUUCGUCCUGCCAGGUCCGAACAAUCCCACCUCUCUUGGGAGGCCCCUUUCUUGGAGAAUCUGCCCAGCGGAAUACGAACCCGCGUCCCUCUUCCUCGCGGCCCGGAGCGUUGACAAUGAACGAGUGGGUCCCCAUCGCUAAGGAGUACGACCCCCUCAAAGCCGGAAGCAUCGAUGGCACGGAUGAAGAGCCCCAUGACCGUGCUGUUUGGAGGGCCAUGUCAGCCCGCUACGUCCCCAACAAAGGGGUUUCUGGAGACCCCCACCUAACUCUCUUCGUAGCCAGGCUCAACCUGCAAACCACAGAGGACAAGUUAAAAGAGGUCUUUUCCCGGUACGGAGAGAUCCGGAAAAUCCGCCUGGUUCGGGACCUGGUCACCGGCUUUUCCAAGGGCUACGCGUUCAUUGAAUAUAAAGAGGAGCGUGCGCUGAUGAAGGCCCACCGCGAUGCCAACAAGCUCAUCAUUGACCAGCGAGAGAUCUUUGUCGACUUCGAGCUGGAAAGGACCCUCAAAGGCUGGAUACCUCGGAGGCUCGGGGGCGGCUUCGGGGGCAAGAAGGAGUCGGGGCAGCUGCGGUUUGGAGGCAGGGACAGGCCCUUCCGGAAACCCAUCAACUUGCCUGCCAUGAAGAACGAUUUUUAUGGCGAAGGAUCUGUGGGCAAAAGAGAGCGGGCUUGGUCCAGGGGAGGAUCGAAGGACUGGAAAACGGGGGACCGAGAUCGCGAGAGGAACCGAGAGCCCGGGCGAGCCGAACGGGAGCGAUCAUGGGGAUGGGGCAAGAGCGAAAGGGACCAGGAACGGCGGGUCAGGGACGAAAGAAGCAGAGCCACAGAGGGAAGGGAGAGAGACCGGAAGGACCGGAGCCGGGAGUCCAAAGAGAGCAAGGGGUGAAGGCCGCCAUGGAUGAAACGUUUCCUUCAAGUGUUGCUCGGCCAUAGAACACCAGGGGAUAAAACGGGGAGUGUGGGCCUCCCUUCCAAGCCAAGGUGGACCGUUGUCUGGAUCACCGCCACGUUAGCAUAAAAUUGCAGGCAGGAAUGGCCACUUCCCAGCUAGAGAAGAGCGAAAGUUGUAUCGCAGGCUUCCACAACUGGAUACCCUCCAGGUGUGUGGGACUGAAUCCCAAGAUCUCAAGCCAAGUGUGGCCAUUGGAAUUAUCAUCCAAUAUAGUGUUUCUCAACCUUAGUAACCUUAAGGUUUGUGGAGUUACGUCACAUAACGUCAAC